AUGUCGAGUCUCGAUGGAUUCCUAGAGCUUGAAAAACACUACCAAAUGGAUCAAGAAGGAGGAAAGAGAAGGAUACUGAUGAGCGGAGAAGCUUUGAAAGGAUGCCCAGAUUGUCGGCGCCCUUUCCGAGAUAUUGACCGGUAUAACAGAGUUUUUAAGUCCGUUCUUCUUGACGAGUUGACGAGGAGAUUUGUAGCUCGAUCAGCAUCAGAAUAUGCUGGCCUCAUGGAAAAGCUCGAGGAGUUCGAAUCCGGCAUUGAAAGGGGGCGAGAUGGACUCCUAGAGCAGUUCUCAGGAGAGAAGCCGGAUCAAGCCCGUGUCUUGUUGAACGACUACAAAAAGAAAGGCCGCCAUAUCCAACGCCUAAUCCGUGACUUCAACACCUCUGUCUUAGAAACGGAACAACCGUUGACCAAGGUGAACGACUUAUACAAUGCUGCACUUGCAAAACGUGGCAGCGCCGAAGAAGGACAAUCAUUCGAUUUUGAUAAAGCGAGGAUCCAGACCGGGCUGACAUACCGAGGGAAGUGUCUAGAUGCCAAGGCCAAAUGGGUUAUCCUCUCUGAUUGGCAGAUCAUAUCGACCCUCAACAGCGUUCCCUUAUCCAUCAAACGCUCUCUCCGCGAUUCAAUUGAUACCGAGGUGAAGAAAGCGAUUAAAGAUACAAGCAGCCUUCGGGAGCAGUGUCAGGAAGCGCAUCUACACCACCAAGAAGUCGAAGCUCGAGUUUAUCAUGCACACUUUUCUGUUCUCAGCAUGCUCAUCGACAAGGUGAGAGAGGUGAGGACUGAUGCGACGGUUGAAGCUGCUGUCAAAAAGAAAGAGCUCAAUAGCUUAAAUGAAUGCGACAAACUUUGCAAAGAGUACCCCGGUACCCUAGGCCGACUUCAAAAUAUCGUUGAGGUAGCGAGGAGGGCGGUUAACGGUCAGGUGUUUUACUCAAAAGUUACUAGUGAAGAAGAGAUGAUGGUUAUUAGAGCCAUGGCGGAAGAAUUUCUUGGAAGUGGACACUGGUACUACUGUGUCAAUGGUCAUCCGUUUACGGUUGGGGACUGUGGUAUGCCUAUGCAGCUUGCCAGAUGCCCUGAAUGUGGCCAGCAGAUCGGUGGUCAGGAUCAUAUUGCUGCUGAGGGAGUCAGACUAGCAUCGGAGUUUGAGACGAGGAAUAAUAACUAG